AUGGCGCGGGGCGCGCGGGGCGCACGGGGCGCUCGGGGCUCGGGGCGCGCGGGGCUCGGCUCCGGGGGACCUCGCGCGCGCGCUGCGGGGCCGGGCCGGCUCCUCCUCCGCCGCCGCCGCCUCCGCCUUCGCCUUCGCCUGGCGCCCUCAGCCGCGCGGCCGAUCCCCACUCUCCGAGCGCAUGGGAGGUGCGGGGGCCGGGGUUGGUCCCCGCGCGCGCCUCGCCGGGGCCGAUCGGGCCGGGUCGGGUCAGGGCGGGCCGGCGACCUGGCAGCCCCGCGGCGACGUGAGGCUCGGCGGCAGCCUAGCCGCGCAUUGUGGCGCGGGGUGGGCGGCCCGGGCGCGGGCGUGGGCGGGGCCGGGGCCACAUCUGGCCCCGACGUCAGCCCCCCCCCACCCCCGGCCACAUCCUGGCGCGCCCCGCGCAGGUUACGGGCGGCGGAGGCGCGGGGGUUCGAGGCCCGGGGAGGGGGCGGCUGCGCGCGCCGAUGGGGCGGGGACCCGGGCGCCGGGCACUCCGGAGUGGGCGCGCGCGGGUGGGCAGGGCGGCGGGCCGGGCCCCGGUGCCAUUGGCGCGCGCGCGGGAGGCGGUGCCAGGCCGGGCCCGGGCGCGCCAAUGGGCGAGGCGGCCCCGGAGAGCGCGGCGGGGCGCCGGGCACCGUGACGCAGGACGCCGAGGCGGGCGUGGACGCGGGUGGGGCGGCCCCGCGCUGGGGGGCCCCGGGCCGCACGGUGUUCCUCGGGGGCUCUCGGCCCGUCUGGGGCGUGCGCCCCCGGUGCGGGAGCCCGGAGGCGGGGCGGCUGGAGCGAGCCCCUUUGUUUCCACGGCCCCCACGACUUUCGGGGGGCCCCGGCCCUGCGCGAGCCCCGCGAGGGAGGCGUGUCCGCGGGGCGGAGCGAGGUCCCUGCGGGGCGGUGCCCGGGCCGGGGGUCCCGAGUGCCGGCCUCGCCCUGCGCUCGCUCGCUCGCGGGGUUGGAGUACGUGCCGCGCCGGCCGGCUCCGGGAACAUGGGGUCCCCGGCUCCCCCGCCCGCUGCCAACUCCGCCCCGCGCCCCCGGGGCACAGACCCCACCCACCGGCGCCGGGGCCUCCCGCUGGAGAAGCUCCGCGGCGCGUGGCGCGCGCUCCCCGCGCCCCCGCCUCGGCGCUCGGCUCUCGGGACGCUUUGGCCCGGGCCCCGCCGCCCCGGGGACCCCCUCUUUCCGAGCCCCGCAUCCCACUGGCCAUGGGGGCAAGCGCGGGGCCCGCGCCUGGCUCCGCGCUCGGAGAGAGAGAGGGGCCCUGGGGCGGCGGGGGAGGGAGGGAGGCUGGGCGGGGCGCGUCGGUCCCUUGGCACCAAGGCGUCCUGCCCACCUGCCAGAGGUUGUGUGCGAGACGUUUCCAAGAAGUCGCCCCCGUCUGACAGGGCGCUGAGGCCACAUGGCUCCCUCCAUAGGCAAGGGCAGACAUUAGGGACAGAGGACAUGCUCCCCCCUCAGUGCUUUGCUGAGUCGCCCCCCACCAUCCCGGGUGGCUGGCGGGUGGCAGGUGAAGUGGGCGGAGCAGGAGAGACAGGUGGGUGCAGUGUCAGCUGGGAACUCCAGGGGACCUUGUCCCGGCCUCUGAUCACCCCCAACGUGGGGGCAGAGAAGAUGAAAGCCUGGGACAGUCUGGCUCAGCGGACUAGAUUUGACCCCCAGCACCCCAGCAGCCCAUCCGCCAAGCCCAGCCGGGAGCCCCCGUGGAGCCAUGCCAAGGCCCUGAACCCUGGCCUUGCCUUUGAGGGGUUCCCCUUCGAGCCAGAAGGAGGUGAGCCUCGAGAAAAGGAGACAGGGGGGCGAGGAAGCCUCGAGGUGUCCCUUGGUGUGGAGGAAUGGCGCGAAGAAAGCUGUUUGCAGCUGAGCCCAGGCCCCGGCCCACCCUGGCUGGCACUGCCCCAGCGCUGCCCCGUGUGCCCCGAAUCUCUCUAUUACAGCGGAGGGCACCACCACACUGAGAGGGCUCUUGGGUUCAAGGGCCAGCUCAGGCCUGCAUCCCUGCUGGCGGGACUCCAGAAGUUCCUGUGGCACAAGAGGGCAAGCCCCGAUGUGUCGGACGCUUCAAGUGUCUGCUUGCACAAUCGCUACCAUCCCAUCGGCCCAGACAAGUCCACAGUGGUUGGGCCUGGGGGGUCUCUGAAGAAGAUGAACAGCUCCUUCAAGCGGGGCUCGCUCCGGAGUGCUGCCUCCUCGGGGUCUCAGAAGAGUCGGAAAGCCUGGCUAGAAAAAACCUUCUGUAAACGGGAAUGUGUCUUCUUGAUCCCCAGCACGAAAGACCCCAACAGGUGCUGCUGCGGCCAGCUGGUCCUCCAGCACUUCCAGCCCCCGCCCAGUGCUGCCCCGGGCAGGCAGGGGGAGAGCACCCCGGCUGAGGCGGCUGAGAAGUGGAGUGUGAGCAGACACACACAGGCCUUCCCCACGGACUCCUACGGGGUGCUCGAGUUCCAGGCCAGUGGCUCCUGCAACAAAGCCCUGUAUAUCCGUGUGUCCUGCGACACGACGCCCGACCUGCUGCUCCGCCUCAUGGUGACAGAAUGGCGCCUGGAGCUCCCAAAGCUGCUCAUCUCCGUGCACGGUGGCCUCCGGAACUUCGACCUGCAGCCCAAGCUGAAGCAGGUGUUUGGGCGAGGCCUGGUGAAGGCCGCCCUGACCACGGGGGCCUGGAUCUUCACGGGGGGCGUCAGCACAGGGGUGAUCCGCCACGUGGGAGACGCCUUGAAGGACCAUUCCUCCAAGUCCCGAGGCCGCGUCUGUGCCAUCGGGAUCGCCCCGUGGGGCAUGGUGGAGAACAAGGAGGAUCUGAUCGGAAAGGGGGUGACCCGAGCAUACCAGACCAUGGGCGACCCUCGGAGCUCGCUGACACCACUCAGCGGCUGGCACACGCACUUCAUCCUGGCAGACAGUGGCACUCGGGGCAAGUAUGGGGCCGAGGCUGCGCUGCGUCGGCAUUUGGAGAAGCACAUUUCACUGCAGAAGAUUAACACCCGACUGGGCCAGGGGGUGCCCGUGGUGGGCCUGGUGGUGGAAGGGGGCCCCAACGUGGUGUCCAUUGUGUUGGAAUAUCUCCGGGAAGAGCCUCCGGUCCCCGUGGUGGUCUGCGACGGCAGCGGCCGCACCUCGGACAUUCUGUCCUUCGCGCACAAGCACUGUGGAGACCAAGGGGGACUAAACGAAACCCUCAAGGACCAGCUUCUCGUGACCAUCCAGAAAACAUUUAAUUUCACCCGGACACAGUCACAUCAGCUGUUGGCCCUCAUCCUGGAGUGCAUGAAGAAGAAAGAACUGAUCACCGUCUUCAGGAUGGGCUCCGAGGGCCAGGCUGACUUGGAGAUGGCCAUUCUCACAGCACUACUCAAGGGGACAAACGUGUCUGCUCCAGACCAGCUGAGCCUGGCGCUGGCUUGGAACAGGGUCGACAUUGCACGGAACCAGAUCUUCGUCUUCAGGCCCCACUGGCCGCCCCUGACCUCUCUGGCACUGCCUGUGGAGAGCAAAGUCCAGGAGAAAGAGAAGCUUCCCGUGGCCCGAGGCAAAGGGAAGGGCAAGAAGAAGGGAAAAGCGAAGGAGGAGGCAGAGGAGGAGAUGGAUCCACGGAAGGUGGAGCUACUGAACUGGGUGAGCGCCCUGGAGCAAGCCAUGCUGGACGCCCUCGUGCUGGACCGCGUGGACUUCGUGAAGCUCCUGAUCGAGAACGGGGUCGACAUGCACCGCUUCCUCACCAUCCCCCGGCUGGAGGAGCUCUACAACACGAGACUGGGACCGCCAAACACUCUCCACUUGCUGGUGAGGGAUGUCAAGAAGGGCAACCUGCCCCCCGACUACCACAUCAGCCUCAUCGACGUGGGGCUAGUGCUCGAAUACCUCAUGGGGGGCGCCUACCGCUGCCGCUACACACGCAAGAGCUUCCGGACCCUCUACAACAGCCUGUUUGGGCCCAAGAGGCCUAAGGCGCUCAAACUUCUGGGCAUGGAAGACGAUGAGACCUCCGCCAAAGGGAAGAAGAAGAAAAAUAAGAAGGAGGAAGAGGCGGACAUCGAAGUGGACGACCCGGCCGUGAGCCGGUUCCAGGUACCGUUCCAUGAGUUGCUGGUCUGGGCCGUGCUGAUGAAGCGCCAUAAGAUGGCUGUCUUCCUUUGGCAGCGUGGCGAGGAGAGCUUGGCCAAGGCCCUGGUGGCCUGCAAGCUCUACAAGGCCAUGGCCCACGAGUGUUCAGAGAGCGAGCUGGUGGACGACAUCUCCCAGUACCUGGACAGCAAAGUCCAAACUUUGGGGCAGCUGGCCGUGGAGCUGCUGGACCAAUCCUACAGGAACGACGAGCAGGUGGCCAUGAAGCUGCUGACCUACGAGCUCACGAACUGGAGCAACUCAACGUGCCUCAAGCUGGCUGUGGCCGAGCACCGGGACUUCAUCGCGCACACCUGCAGCCAGAUGUUGCUCACCGAUAUGUGGAUGGGGCGGCUGCGGAUGAGGAAGAACCCGGGCCUGAAGGUAAUCCUGGGCAUCCUUCUGCCCCCCACCAUCUUGUUCUUGGAAUUCCGAACCUGUGACGAUGUCUCGUACCAAACAGCCUAAGGACAACGAAGACAACAAAGAAAAGGAGUGGAGAAUGUGGUCAUGCAUACCGGAUGUGGGUUCCAGAGGGGGGACGAGGAGAAUGAGCACAAAAAGCGGAAGGCGUCCCCCAUCGGGACAAAGAUCUGUGACUUCUAUAAUGCUCCCAUAGUCAAGUUCUGGUUUUAUACGAUCUCCUAUCUUGGCUACCUGCUGCUCUUCAACUAUGUCAUUCUGGUGCGCAUGGACAGCUGGCCUUGUGUCCAGGAGUGGGUCGUCAUUGCCUAUGUCUUGAGCCUGGCCUUGGAGAAGAUCCGAGAGGUCCUGAUGUCUGAACCAGGCAAACUCAGCCAGAAGAUCAAAGUGUGGCUGCAGGAGAACUGGAAUCUCACAGACCUCGUGGCCAUCUCCAUGUUCCUGGUGGGGAUGGUCCUGCGCCUGCAGAAGCAGCCGUACAUGGGCUAUGGCCGUGUGAUCUACUGCGUGGACAUCAUCUUCUGGUACAUCCGGGUCCUGGACAUCUUCGGAGUCAACAAGUACCUGGGCCCCUACGUGAUGAUGAUUGGAAAGAUGAUGGUCGACAUGCUCUACUUUGUGGUCAUCAUGCUGGUCGUGCUGAUGAGUUUUGGGGUGGCCCGGCAGGCCAUCCUUCACCCCAAUGAAGAGCCUUCAUGGAAACUGGCCCGGAACAUCUUCUACAUGCCAUACUGGAUGAUUUACGGCGAGGUGUUUGCCGACCAGAUAGACCCUCCGUGCGGAGAGAAACCUGUUCGACGAAGAGGGCCAAAGGCUCCCCCACCCUGCAUCCCGGGCGCCUGGCUCACCCCGGCCCUCAUGGCCUGUUACCUGCUGGUGGCCAACAUCCUGCUUGUCAACCUGCUCAUUGCCGUCUUCAACAAUACCUUCUUCGAGGUCAAGUCCAUCUCCAACCAAGUGUGGAAAUUCCAGCGCUAUCAGCUGAUCAUGACCUUCCACGGACGGCCAGUCCUUCCGCCGCCCAUGAUCAUUUUUAGCCACCUCUACAUCAUCAUCACCCGCCUCAGCGGAAGCUUCCAGAAGAAGAGGGAGGGGGAGCGGGAUGAACAAGACCGUGGCUUGAAGCUCUUCCUCAGCGAAGAGGAGCUGAAGAGGCUGCACGAGUUCGAGGGCCAGUGUGUGCAGGAGCACUUCCAGGAGAGGGAGGACGCAGAGCAGUCCUCCAGCGAAGAGCGCAUCCGGGUCACCAGUGAGAGAGUUGAAAACAUGUCAGUGAGAUUGGACGAGAUCAAUGAACGGGCGAGUUUCAUGAAAACUUCCCUGCAGAGCGCGGACCUCAGGCUGGGCCAGCUGGAGGAGUGGGCGGGCCGCACUGUGGGCCUGCUGGAAAGCCUGGUGGGGGGCGAGCAGGUCGGCCUGCUGCCCACACGCUCCCGGGCAUCUUCCGAGUGUGAUGCGACUUUCCUGCACCGCCAGAGCAGUCUGGGCAGUGCCGACGGCUACAGCCUGUACCGGUACCAUUUCAAUGAAGAAGAGGUGAGUGAGGCCAGUCCUCACCCUGUGGCCUCUGCCCUGGGCUCCCAUGUGCAAGAAGACACGGACCUGAAGGUGCCCACGGGCCACGAGACGCAGAGGCCCCCACACCUCCUGGCCAGCACCGACACCCCAGCCUCAGAAGCCUUGGACUCUGGCAAGAAUGCUCUGGAGCUCAAUCCUAGUUCUGGAGGUGUCAUCCAACAGGAGGAAAGGCCCGGGGAAGACCCCCAAAGAGAAGAAGCAGGCCCGAGUGUCCAUCUAGCCCAGGCCCCCUGUGGACAAAGCCAAGCGGGUCUCCCAAGCCUGCAGCUCAGUGCUCAGGCCCAACCUGUGGGCCAGGCAAAAUCGGCUCAUUUCUCCCCAGAGGAAACACCUCAAGUCUGCAAAACCAUCAAGUCCCGGAGCUUUGCGCACUGCCGGGGAGGAAGAAAGGCAGUGGGUGUGGGGAAAGUGAGGUCUGGCUCUGUCCUGGACCGGGCACAGCCGGCUGCACCCGAGCAGCGGGCUCCCGAGUGGACGUGCCAAGUGCAGAAGGUGACACGUUCUCGCAGCACGGAGAUCUUGGGGUCCCAAGUGGCCACUGCUCCCCACGUCCCCCAUCUCUGCCCAGCCGGGAAAGGAAACCUGCUGUCCGUGAGCUCUGACCAGUCUCUGCAUCUCUCUGAGCCCCGGUCCAGGAGUCUCCACGGGCACCCCAGGAAGGCGCAUAAUAACUUUCCACGAGGGUUAGGAGGCUCCGGGCACAUGGGCCAUGCAAGGAACCUGGCACCAGUGUCUGGACUCGCCCCAGAGGAACGGAAAGUUCCCUAGGACCUAACUGCUCAAGGCUACGUGGCUCAGUCUUUCAUCAGCCACAAAAUCUCUGAGGUUCACGACUUAGGAAGGUUUUUAUUUUAUUUUAUUUUAUUUAUUUAUUUUGCUUUGGGGCCACACCCAGUAGCGCUCAGGGGUUACUCCUGGC